GCUUGUGGCUGUGCACCCCUCGCCGUGGCCCCCACCCACCUUCUUCCCCUCUUAUACCCGCUCGCCUGUCCAUAGCAGGCAGCAGCACACCAUACCAGAUUUGAGAUUUCAAUGACCUUCCUUUUGCCGGCCUCCUCGUCUCCUCCGGUUCCGGCUACCUACCUGCGGGACGUCGACCUCGUCCGUCUGUCGCCUAGCUAGCUGCCUCGGUUUUCGCUUGAAGCAGCAGCAGCAGCAAGCCGGGAGCUUCUGUGUUUGUUUCGAUCGGAGUGAGAAGAAGAUGGUUGCGGAGUGCCAAGGAGGAGGAGACUUCCUCAUCAAGCUCUUCGGGAAGACCAUCCCCGUGCCGGAGCCGGAGCCGGAGUCCGGCGACGCCAAGGAUCUUCAGCAGAGCAGCAGCAACUGGACGGAGAUCGUGGACGCCGAUGACGACCCCAAGAAGCACAGCGACGGCGACGCUGCCAGGCAGAGGGAGAAGCUGAGGGAGCCCGACAAGGUGCUGCCGUGCCCGCGCUGUAACAGCGCGGACACCAAGUUCUGCUACUUCAACAACUACAACGCGAAGCAGCCGCGCCACUUCUGCAAGCGCUGCCAGCGCUACUGGACCGCGGGCGGCGCCAUGCGCAACGUGCCAGUGGGGGCCGGCCGCCGCAAGAACAAGAACGCCGCCGCCUCGCACUCGCACCUCCUCCAUAGGACGACGACGACUGCCAACGGCGCGAUGCUCAGCUUCGCCCCUCCCGGUCCUGGCCUUGCCUGCCUCUGCCUGGACCUCGCCGCGCAGUUCGGCCACCUGGCCCCGGUCAGGGACGCCGCCGGGACCCCGUCUCGUCCUUGCACUUGCAGCGAAGGGUCGACCGACAGGGACGGCACGUCUUCCGUCGUAGACGAAUCUGCAGCAAGCGGGGACGGACCAGUGCAGCUGCACCACCACCCAGCAAGCGUUAACACCGGGUGGCCGCCAUACAGCAGCCCACCUCCGGCGGCGCCGUAUUUCUCGCCGGGCAUCUCGAUUCCGGUAUACCCCGCCGCGCCGGGGUACUGGGGCUGCAUGGUUCCCGGGGCUUGGAGCCUGCCAUGGCCGGUGCAGCCGCAGCCCCCGUCGUCGCGGUCGCAGGGGCAGGGCCUCUCGUCGUCGUCGUCGCCGCCGCCGCCCACCACCACCACCAUCGGUACUCCUUCAGUCUCAUCAUCAUCCGGGGCCGCUGACUUUGACUCCCACGCCCUGGGGCUGGGCCUGGGCAAGCACCCGCGGGACCGGGACGGCGACGACGGGAGGAAGAGGAACGGCAGUGCCCAUGGCAGCGGCAGCGCCAAGGUGUGGGCUCCCAAGACCAUCCGGAUAGACGAUGUGGACGAGGUGGCCAGGAGCUCCAUCUGGUCCCUCGUCGGGGUCAGAGGCGACAGGGAGCAGCAGGGCGCAGCCGCGCAGGUGACAAGCUCGGGACAGUGUUCGAGCCCAGGGGCCUGCAGGCCACCAAGAAGGCCAUGGCGACAAGCUCGCCGCUCCUUCACGCCAACCCCGUCGCGCUCACGCGCUCGGUGGCGUUCCAUGAGGGCUCUUGAUUUUGCCAUCUCAACAUGAUGCUCCUAAUCAGACUGACAGCACUGAUUUGUUUUGGAUAAAUCAUCAGAGGACCCCUCACAUGCACGCUGAUUCACAUACCUCUUUGGUUGCGUAGGAGAAUCAGACUCCUCGUAUGCAUUGACCAUAACUCGACUCAUGUUUAGUACGCUGCAUCUUAAAAACUGAGCACACAUACACUGGUGCAACCUAAUGUUAUUUAGGUGCACCUGUAGAUACCCAGAAAACUUACGUAUUCGGGCGGCCAGGCUCACACGAGCCUCGCAUGCAAGCAGAGAUCCAAUCACACUGGUAGCUACUUGUGGACGGCGGGGCGGCACGCAAUUUGGAUGGGAGAAAGAACAGGAGAUCAAUAAGAGGUUCCUGCUCGUAGAUAAAUAAAUAACAUUAUCUAACUUUUUC